CCAGGCGCCGAGGGAGCCGAGGGAGCCGGCUCGGGCCGCGCUGCUCUGCCGAGGGCCCGUUCCCCGGGCCCGACCCAAACUAGAGCCUAAACCCGGAGCUUGGAAGAAUAAGCAAGACAUGGCGGACGAGGCGUUGUUUUUGCUGCUGCAUAACGAGAUAGUGUCCGGAGUGUACAAGUCCGCGGAACAGGGGGAGGUGGAAAAUGGACGGUGUAUAACUAAGCUGGAAAACAUGGGCUUUCGAGUGGGACAAGGAUUGAUAGAAAGGUUCACAAAAGACACUGCAAGAUUCAAGGAUGAGUUAGACAUCAUGAAAUUCGUUUGUAAGGAUUUUUGGACUACAGUAUUCAAGAAACAAAUUGACAAUUUAAGGACAAAUCAUCAGGGCAUCUAUGUGCUUCAAGACAACAAAUUCCGUUUGCUGACUCAGAUGUCUGCAGGAAAACAGUAUUUAGAACACGCAUCUAAGUAUUUAGCAUUUACAUGCGGCUUAAUCAGAGGUGGCUUGUCAAACUUGGGGAUAAAAAGUAUUGUAACAGCUGAAGUUUCUUCAAUGCCUGCCUGCAAAUUCCAGGUGAUGAUACAGAAACUGUAGAACAUAGUGGAAAUACAAGGCUUCACCAUUGUGAAGAGAUAAAUUAUUGCUACAUAAAGUA